AUGAAAAGAUAUUCAGUUGAAAACCCCAGUUUUUUUAAAAGUGUUGAUGAAACUAUCACUCGAAAUUAGUAACCAUAUCAAUUGGAACUUUCAGAGAUAUCUCAGGAUGAACUCAUUUACAAGGAGAUUAUUCAAAAUCAAUUCUUAGAUAAGAGAACUCUUGGUCCUCAGGUGUACCCUUACAGAAUCUAUGUCUUCAAUCAAAACUCACUUCUCAUUAACUACUUUUUAAUGAAUGGAAAGACCAGGAUGUUGUGGCUGUUCAGGAGGCUAAAUUUAUGCAAGCAUAAACAUUCAUGCGCUGAGAGUGCCUUUAGAAAGCUAUUUGAAGUACUUUCAUUCUAUAGUUUAAUCAGAGUGCCACUUAGAUAUAUUGUAGGUGCUCUGAGUUAAGAAGGUGAAAAUAUAAUGGAUUCCAAAUAUAUUAUUGGAGCAGAAAUAGCUUCAUUAUUUGUCAUAGGUGGGCUUAGAUCUGCUGGAUGCAUGGUCAGAUUUAUGAAAGAGGAGAUUAUCCAGUAAUCUUGA